GUGUUGCAAAAAAUCUGCACUAAGAGCCAAACACCGGCGGUAAAGACCGGACAGAAUAAAUUGAAACUGAAAUCUGGCGAGGUGGGCUUGAGUGACGACCGGAUCACAUUCCAUUUGGGCCAGACCUUGAAUCAACCAGAAUCGACCAAUGAUAGCUGGCCGACCAGCCCCACGUACUUCAAUGUGCGGCCCAUGUGUCCACCUGUGUCGGCAAUGGCUUUCAGCCGUGGUGCUGAACUGUCGAAGCAACGGAAACACCUGAUAAAGGUGCAAUCCUCACUACAGCCGUCCACGGACCAGGUUGUUGGAAUGGUUACGGGGUUGCCGAUCGCUAAAACCGAGGACGUAUUUUUUAUAGAAGUGGCUAAGGAGUACCAAGACGAAAAAAAGGUACUGCAAAUUGAAGUACGUCUGCCCAAGCAAAUAGGCGUAGUCAUGGUGGAUGCCUUCACACAGUGUGAAGAAUCGGACUUCGAGUCCAACAUCAAAGGCGGAACUGUCGAAAAAGGCGGAAAAGGAAAAAAGGGGAAAAAAUGA